AAUUCGUAAACCCGCACAUUUUAUCCGAUAGCAUGUUGAGACUCAGUUGCUGAUGUGAAGUUGGAUGGAUAUCUUCUAUUUCAAUUUUUCAUAAAGGAAAUUUACAUUGUAGUUGUACAACGAAUAGGAAAUAUACUCUUCACAAGAUAAAGUUGAUCUAAUUUGAACCGACAGAGGACACAGGAAAGUUUUCAAGAUGGGAAACAAAGGAGGAAAAAUGAAAGUAACGAAGGGGAAAGGGGAGAAAGACGGAACUGAAGCUGACAAGAAUAAGACUGAGGCAGACGAGAAUAAAGCGCCUGAGGGUGAUAAGGCACCGGAAGCGUGUGCUGAAGCGUCUGUUGAUCUAGAUGCAGACAAAGCUGAUGCAAAGCCGGAAGAAGCGGCUUCAAAGGAAGGUGAAACGAAGGAAAAAGAAGUGAAAGAAGGAGAAAAUACAGAGAAAGACUCUAAUGAUAAAAAAGAUGUAAAUAAAGAGGAAACUGACAAAAAAGACGAUAAUACUGUAACUGACAAAAAAGACGAUAAGUCUGAAACUGAAAAAGAUAAAGAUGCGACGGAAACAAAAGUUGAAACUGAACAAAAAACUGAAAAUAAUGCAAAUGAAAAUACUGAGGAGAAAGAUAAAUCCGAAACUAAAGCAGAGGAGCCAAAGCAAGAAAUUAAAGAAAACGAAACCACAGAAGCCAAAGUAGCGGAAUCGACAAUAGAAGAGGUCCCUGCAACUAAAACUGAGGUCUCAGAAACUAAAUCUGAACCUGAAAAGCAAGAGCAAGAAGAAAAACCUAGCACAAAUGUUGCUAUAGUCCAACCGCUUUCAAAUGAAGGAAAUUCGGACGACAAAGUCGAGGAAGAUAAAGCUGUUAACGAUGAAUCUAAAGAAUCAGAAACUGUAAAUAAUGAACAAGAAGUUGAAAAGGCUGAACCGUCAAGUAAUGUUGAAAGUAGUGAAGCAGUUGUUAAUGGUGUAGAAUCAGUUGCAAAUGAAACACCUGUUCAAGGUAAAGAGGACGAUAAAGAAGCUGAGACCGAAAAGGACUCUGAAGGUAAAGACCAACAAUUAACAAACGGAAAUAUCGAAGUGGAUAAUGAGUCAGCUAAAGAAGAUGUAGAGAAAUCCAAAACUCCUGUACAUGAGGACGAUGAUACGUCUGAGGAGAAAGUGUCUACUGAGUUCCGAUGGGAGGGCGAAGGAGAGAGUGUUGAAAUCGGGGGCUCUUUUAACGACUGGGGAGACAAAAUCAAGUUAGAGAAGAAAGAUGAUGUGUUCACAGUUUCCGUAGAUUUAAAGCCUGGGGAGUAUAUGUACAAGUACUUCGUUGAUGGCGAUUGGAAAAUUAAUUCAAACCAGCCGACAAAAGCAGACGACGCAGGACUAGAAAACAAUGUCUUAACAGUAACAAAAGGAUGAACAGCUUGCAGCUGUUAGGGAAUUAUAAAAAAAAACUGGUGUAAAUCAUUUUUCUAUUGAAAGGCAAAGCUUUGAAGUAACUGUGAUCUUCAAACUACAUUUUCAUUUAGUAUAAUUAUUCUGUUUUUAGCUUAAAGUCCUACUGAAUUUAUGAAAUAGACUUGUCCUUUCUUUAAGUUUAGAACUAUCCAUUGUGAUUUUAAGGGAUUUCAAUAUCAAAGUCCAAGAAUUUAGUGGGAAAAAAAGACAAGAA